AUGGGCCUUCUUCAGGGCCUUCUUGGAGCAAGGAACCUGCUGUUGGUCGUCUGCGUUCCGCUGCUGCUGCUGCCUCUGCCCAUCCUCCACCCCAGCAGCGAGGCUGCGUGUGCUUAUGUUUUGAUCGUGACCGCUGUGUACUGGGUGUCUGAGGCGGUGCCUCUCGGAGCUGCAGCCCUAGUGCCUGCCUUCCUCUACCCGUUCUUUGGAGUUCUGCGAUCCAGCGAGGUGGCAGCCGAGUAUUUCAAGAACACCACUCUGCUGCUGGUGGGUGUCAUCUGCGUGGCGGCCGCCGUGGAGAAGUGGAACCUGCACAAGAGAAUCGCCCUGCGCAUGGUCUUGAUGGCCGGAGCCAAGCCGGGCAUGCUGCUGCUCUGCUUCAUGUGCUGCACCACGCUGCUGUCCAUGUGGCUCUCCAACACCUCCACCACGGCCAUGGUGAUGCCCAUCGUGGAGGCCGUGCUGCAGGAGCUGGUCAGUGCUGAGGAGGAGCAGCUCGUGGCGGGCAACUCCAGCACCGAAGAGGCCGAGCCCAUCAGUCUCGAUGUAAACAACCAACCAUCUCUGGAACUCAUCUUUGUCAAUGAAGACACGUCAGCUGCAGACUUCACUUCUCUGAUGCAAAACAAGAACCUGAAUGGUGUGCCCACGAUCACCAACCCCCUCAGAACAGCAAACCAACACCAAGACAAGAAGCAGCCAUCCCAGGAAAAGCCACUUGGCCUGACCUCCAGCCCCAGGAAUCAGAAGUUGAACAGAAAGUACAGGUCCCAGCAUGACCAAAUGAUCUGCAAGUGCCUCUCUCUGAGCAUUUCCUACGCUGCUACCAUUGGCGGCCUGACCACCAUCAUUGGCACCUCCACCAGCCUCAUAUUCCUGGAACACUUCAACAACCAGUACCCAGCCGCAGAGGUGGUCAACUUUGGCACCUGGUUCCUCUUCAGCUUCCCCAUAUCCCUCAUCAUGCUGGUGGUCAGCUGGUUCUGGAUGCAUUGGCUGUUCCUGGGCUGCAACUUUAAAGAGACCUGUUCUCUGAGCAAGAAGAAGAAGACCAAAAGGGAAGAGUUGUCAGAGAAGAGAAUCCAAGAGGAAUAUGAAAAGCUGGGAGACAUCAGCUACCCUGAAAUGGUGACUGGAUUUUUCUUCAUCCUGAUGACUGUACUGUGGUUUACCCGGGAGCCUGGUUUUGUCCCUGGCUGGGACUCCUUCUUUGAAAAGAAAGGCUACCGCACUGAUGCAACAGUCUCUGUCUUCCUUGGCUUCCUCCUCUUCCUCAUUCCAGCAAAGAAGCCCUGCUUUGGGAAAAACAAUGAUGGUACAAGCCGGGAGUCCUCCCUACAGUCUGAGCCCAUCAUCACAUGGAAGGACUUCCAGAAAACCAUGCCCUGGGAGAUUGUCAUCCUGGUAGGAGGAGGCUAUGCCCUGGCUUCCGGCAGCAAGAGCUCUGGUCUUUCCACGUGGAUUGGGCACCAGAUGUUAUCCUUGAGCAGCCUGCCACCAUGGGCUGUCACCCUGCUGGCAUGUAUCCUGGUGUCCAUUGUCACAGAGUUUGUGAGCAACCCAGCCACCAUCACCAUCUUCCUGCCCAUCCUGUGCAGUCUGUCUGAAACGCUGCACAUUAACCCACUCUACACCCUGAUCCCAGUCACCAUGUGCAUCUCCUUUGCAGUGAUGCUGCCUGUGGGCAAUCCCCCCAAUGCCAUCGUCUUCAGCUAUGGGCACUGCCAGAUCAAAGACAUGGUGAAAGCUGGCCUGGGAGUCAAUGUCAUUGGCCUGGUGAUAGUGAUGGUGGCCAUCAACACCUGGGGCGUUAGCCUCUUCCACCUGGACACUUUUCCAGCCUGGGCGAAGGUCAAUAACAUCACCAAUCAGGCCUAACACAAGUGGAUAACCUGGCUCAGUUGAAGGAGUUGCGCUGAGCACAACCUGAACCACAGGCAAAGAAAAUUACCAGGAGCAUGCCCCAGAAACACACUGAAGGCAGCGGUGCCAGAAGAUCCUGCCAUCUGAACCUUGAAGUGCAGGGACCCUGCAAUCACCACAGGCAUGG